AGGUUAAGGCCUUCUAGGGUUUACUCAUUUUUUCUUUUCCUCUCUGAUUGUUUCAUAAUUAAUAAAAAUUUAUGUAUCAAACCCCUCUUUUCUAUUCAAGACCUCAACUUUUCUUGCAGAUCGCCACCGAGGGAAUUUUGGAACUUGGGGGGUGUUUUUAAUAGAAAAGGCACAAUCUUUGUGAGCCAUGGGGACUCCUGAAACUUCUCGAGAGCCAUGCCCUGAUCGAAUUCUUGAUGAUAUUGGUGGUGCUUUUGGUAUGGGUGCAGUUGGAGGUGCAGCCUUCCACUUCAUAAAAGGCACGUAUAACUCCCCUAGUGGUGCUCGGUUGAUUGGUGGAACUCAAGCAUUGCGUAUGAAUGCCCCUCGUGUUGGUGGUAGUUUUGCUGUUUGGGGUGGCCUUUUUUCCACCUUUGAUUGCACUAUGGUAUACGUCCGACAGAAAGAAGAUCCUUGGAACUCCAUCAUAGCUGGUGCUGCCACUGGAGGGUUUCUUUCAAUGCGUCAAGGACUUGGUGCUGCUUCCAGAGCAGCAGUGUUUGGUGGGGUUUUGCUUGCUUUGAUUGAAGGAGCUGGGAUCAUGUUGAAUAAAUUUCUCAGUCAGCCACAGAUGCCUAUAAUGAUUGAAGAGCCAGCACCGAAUGUAGCUGGUAUGCCUGGAAUUCCGAUGGGGCAAUUACCAAACCACGCCCCUGCAUCAGUUAAUAGUUUGAGACAGGACUCACCUUCAUCAUCGUCAUCAUCAUCACCUUCCUCAUCAAAUUCUUCCUCGUCAUGGUUUGGAGGACUUUUUGGUGGUGGAAAGAAGCAGGAAUCAACAACAGAUAGUGGAAGUAAGACGGAGGUUUUGGAGAGCUUUGAUGCUCCUCCGGUGCCAUCAUUUCAAUACAAAUAAAGUGGUGGCUAGCCAAUUCGUCCCCGCUAGCAGCAGAGCCUAACUUACUGUCCCUGUAAUCCUGCCCUUUUUCAGCCCUUUUAAGUGUUUGAACUUACUCAGUUUGCAUUUUAUCAUUGCAUGAAUCAAUAGUUAUUUCUUUUAUAUUCUUUCCCCAAUUAAACCUACAUGUCUUUGCGUGCUUUUUCUCUUCGGUCAAAUACUUAAAUAAAACGUGGAACUGUUUAGAUUUGAA